AUGAACCAAGGGUCAGCAGAUAUACGACGUGAACCCUACGCCCGCUCAGAAGCCGAGGUGAGGAGGUCUUCUGGGGGAAGAGAACGUCCAAAGAAAGCAAGAGAACCUUUUCAUGCCUUGAAGAUGCAGAAGGCUCUGAGUGCUGUAUCAUAUGGGCAAAGGGCUUCAAUUAAAGCAAAGAUUAGCGAGACCGAAAGCUUUGAUGACUUUCCCUUAUUACCAAUGGUAAAGGAAUCGAUUGCUACCCAAGCGCUGUCCGGCAUGGUCGACCUUGUUCCCACGCCCAUACAGCGAUUGGCGAUACCUAUUUUGCUGGGCAAUGAGACAAGAGCGGCCCGGAGAAGAUCGGCUGCAUCCGGGAAGAAGGAGAUGGAGCAAUUCUUGCUUGCUGCAGAAACUGGAUCGGGGAAGACGCUGGCCUAUCUGUUGCCGGUAUUGGAUGCUAUAAAACGCGCAGAGGUCAUAGAUGUAGAGCUGGAAGCUCAGAAAAAGAUUCGAGAGGAGGAAGAGAGGAAGAAGGUGAAUUUUCAUGCCCUGGAGCCUCCUCCGUUGUCCAAUGCACCUCAUCCAACCACUGGCCGGCCAAGAGCCAUCAUUCUUGUCCCAACCUCCGAGCUCGUAACACAAGUUGGCAAUCUUACGAAGCUUUUAUCACACACAGUGAAGUUCCGCUCCGGGCUUAUAUCGUCCGCCUAUAGUGGAAAGGUCAUUCGCAAUCGUCUUUUCGCACCUACUGGAAUCGACGUCCUCAUCUCCACUCCUCAUUUACUAGCUAGCAUUUCGGAAUCAGAUCCCAAUAUCCUCAGCCGCGUCUCCCAUCUCGUUAUAGACGAAGCCGACUCCCUACUCGACCGCUCCUUUGCCCCUUCCACAUCAACCGUCAUCGACAAAUCCACCCCAUCUCUGCAGCAGCUCAUACUCUGCUCAGCAACAAUUCCUCGAAGCCUAGACUCUUACUUACGCCAGCGCUUCCCAGAUAUGCGGCGACUCGUAACGCCUAAUCUCCACGCUAUCCCUCGGCGCGUACAGCUCGGCGUCGUAGACGUGGAAAAGGAACCCUAUCGCGGCAACAAAAUUCUGGCCUGCGCGGAUACCAUUUGGUCCAUCGGCAAAGCUGCAGCUGAACACGCUCCAGGCGAUACCGAGCGCGCUGACAUCAAGCGUGUAUUGGUAUUCGUCAACGAGCGCGAAAAAACACAAGAAGUUGCCGAGUAUCUGACCUCAAAAGGCAUUGACGCUGUUGCUCUAAACCGGGAUACGCCAGAACAACGACAAUCAGAGACGCUGGGAGGUUUCACAACGAUUACGCCUAAGACCGCACCGGAAACUGCCAAGGACGCCUCGGCUCCGCGGAGCGGCCCCAACUACAUUGCAUUCAAUCGUACCGCAAGCACAGUCACCCCUCCACCGCGACGCCAUCUGCCCAACACAAAAGUUCUCGUGACUACUGAUCUUGGCUCACGAGGCAUUGAUACCUUGGCAGUACGGCACGUCAUCUUGUACGAUGUGCCACACUCCACCAUCGACUUCAUCCAUCGACUCGGUAGGACCGGUCGAAUGGGACGACGGGGACGUGGUAUCGUUCUUGUUGGCAAGAAUGACAGACGGGAUGUCGUUAGAGAAGUCAAAGAGGGCAUGUUUAAGGGGCAAGCAUUAAUUUGA